AAGAUUUGCUGGGUUUGCUUUGAACUCUCAAACCGCGGCUCGCAGUGCAGAGCUUUGGAUGCUUUUCAUGCUCCCAUGGGUUUCGAGCUCACUCCAUACUCUCUCUCUCUCUCUCUCUCUCCACAUCUUCUCUCUCUACACUUUUUUGGUACUCCCAUUUGCUACUGUUGAGGGUGUUGUCUCUUUCAAUAGCAUGCACACUUGAGUAGUUCUCUUUCGAAAGCUUUCAAAGAAAAUUCCCCUUUCCGUGCUCUGCGUUUUUCCAGAAUUUUCAAAACCCUAAUAUAGUUUCUUCCUUGGUGGAGUGUUUUUUUUUCCCUCCUGCAGUCCUGCGUCAUACCAGAUGUAAACAGAAAGCAACAAGAGCAUUUACUGUCCAUGCAUCUGUCUCUCCGUCCUUUUGGCAGUUUCUGUGUCAGUACCAUUGCUUGCUUUUUCUUGUGUUUUUCUGAAUAUUUUUUAAGAUAAAACUGAAAAAUGGAUAAAGGAAACAGAACAUAUUGACGGGAAUCUUGUGACUGGUUGAACGGGAACAGUUGAGCUCUGAGCAGACACAUUUUGAUUUGUCUUAUUCUUUUUAACGUUUUUUUUUAUUUAAAAACCCUUGUUUUUUCUGUUUCGAAACCCUCCUCUUGUCUGAAACCCUUGCUCUUUUGUAACCCUUGUUUGGUUGUGAAAUUUGGAGAUUCUGCAUUUGGGUAUGCUUUGAGAUGUUUGUUUGGGUCAUCGGAAAUGGCUAUGAAUGUAGCAACAAAAACAAGAGAUUUGGAGUGUGGAGUGACCUGGAUUUCGUUCAUUUGGCGAGAAGAUCUUAUUUUGGCUCAAUAAAUUGGGCAAAAUCAGAGAAAUCCAUUUUUGAAUCUUGUGAGAGCUUUGUUUAGUUUAUCAGUUUUCCGAUACUUGAAAACUGGCUACUGUCGGUUAUUUUGUUCUGCUUUGUGGGUUCUGAUUCCAUAGAUUUGCAUGCCUUGUAGCAGCAGAAUAAUGGGGAACAUUAAAAGGGUUCUUAUGAAGAUUCUAUGCUGAACAAAUUGUGAGAGGAUGGGGAAAGAACGCUAAACUUUGCAAAUAUUCUGUGAUAUCUUGUUGGAUAUGUUUUUGGGCUGCAGAUAAAGCAUCCGAUUCUGUGGUGAAUAGUUUUUGGUCUUGUCCUCAUUUAGUUCUUAGAAUCAACUGAAAUAUGUACUCAAGUUGCUGUAGAAUUCAUGGUGUUGAGGUUUUGAGCUCGACAAGACGGUAGAAAGCCCGUAGAAUUGAAUGCGGUUCAGAAUUUGUAAAGAUUAAACUGUACCCCGCUGUUCUGUUGAUCUUCCAAGGUGUAUAGGUAUGGGUUGUGUUGCAUCAAGAAUUGACAAAGAAGAGAGGGUUAGGAUUUGCAAGGAGAGGAAGAUGUUAAUGAAACAAAUAGUGGGGUUUAGAAGGGAGUUUACUGAAUCCCAGUUGUGUUAUUUGAGAUCUCUGAAAAACACUGGAGUAACCCUUAGGCAGUUCACUGAAUCUGAGUCACUGGAACUUGAAAAUACCCGUUUUGGCCUAGCUUUGCCACCAUCGCCGCCUCCCCCUUUGCCUCCCCCUCCUCCUCCACCACCAAAUUUUAGCCCGGAUAUGAGGAAGGACAAGGGAAAACAAAGGGUGGAAGUUGCCCAAGAAGAAAUCAUAGAGAUCGAUGAGGACAAUAGUUGCACGCCGCCGCCUCCGCUUGCUAGCUCCACAUGGGAUUUCUGGGACCCUUUUGCCCCUUCUUCACCACAUUGUGAAAAGAAGAGUGAAAUUGAAGAGCCAAUUGAGGAGGAAAAUUGGGCAGAGACUAAAUCUCAAUUUGAGGAAGAAGAACAGGAGGGUGUUGGAAAUAAUUCUGUAAACAUGCUUCCUGAGAAGCCACUGAAUGUGGAGUUGCUUGAUGAUAACUCAUCAAUGGUGAGCUGGCACACUAAAGACACUGCAAGUGCAGAUAUGGCCAUGGUGGUCUGGAGGAGGAAGAAGACCUUGGCUGGUAUUGUCAAGGAGUUAGAUGAUUAUUUCCUGAAAGCAUCAGAUGGUGGCAAGGAUAUAGUGAUUCUAAUGGACAUCAAUUCAAGUGACACUUUACUUCGGCAGAAUCCAAAAGAAAUGAGGGGGAGGUACAGUUCUGGAAAGGUCUUUAAUGCAUUUUCGUGGAGUUGGUCAUCUAAAUCACUUCAAUGUACAAGAAAUGCUCCAGAGUUUUGUGGUCCAAGUGAACCAUGCCGCCCAGGUGCUCAUUCUGUCACACUCGAAAAACUAUAUGCUGAAGAUCAAAGAAUUUACAAGGACAUCAAGGAUGAAGGGGUCACUAAAUUGGAGCAUGAGAAGAAAUCCUUGCUCCUGCAAAAGCAAGAGGAUGAAGACCGAGACUGGACAAAGACAGAGAAAACUCGAUCAAGUGUUGAGAGUUUGCAAUCUGACAUAGUAUGUCUGAAAGAAUCAAUUAGUAGGUCGUGCUCAUCCAUAUCGAAGCUUAUAGAUGAAGAGCUGCAUCCCCAGCUUAUUGCAGUAACUUCUGGGCUAAUGAGUAUGUGGAGAACAAUCUACGAGUGCCACCAAGUUCAGAAUCAUAUAUCCCAGCAGUUGAGUCAUCUCAUGAAUCAGCAGUGCAUGGACCCCUCUACUAAUUAUCAUCGUCAUGCUGCAUCUCAGCUAAUAGCUGAGGUCACGUCUUGGUACAAUAGCUUCCACAGACUUGUAAAAUCUCAAGGAGAGUACGUAAGAACCCUCUGCAAGUGGAUAAAACUCACCUACUGCUUUGUGGAGGACUCUCAGCGGAGUGUUAGCUCUUCUGCAGUGCAUACUCUUUGUGAAGAAUGGCAGUUGGCCCUUGACAGGCUCCCGGAUAAGGUUGCAUCAGAGGCAAUUAAGAGCUUUCUCUCAGCAAUCCAGUCCAUAGUCUUGCAGCAGGAGGAAGAACUCACCCUGCGGAAAAAAACCGACAAGCUCGAGAAAAAGUUACAAAGGGAGUUAAACUCACUGUCUGAAAUGGAGAUGAAAGUCGAGGGGAACUUCAAUCUUGAAGAUGGAAAUUCCCUUUUGACACCUAAGCAUCCUUUAACACUCAAGCGCGCUAAAGUCGAGGCAUUGAAAAAGCGAGUGAAUGAAGAAAAGGCCAAGUAUCUGAACUCGAUCCGGGUGACUAAAGCCAUGACUCUGAACAACCUACGAACGAGUCUACCCCAUGUGUUCCAGGCAUUGAUGGGUUUUUCAAGCGCAUACACACAGAGUUUGGAGGCCAUUCUUAGCUGCCCUGAGCCAGUAGAUUGUGAUGCAGAAUUCAGCCCAAUAAGGUGAUGAGAAGAAGUUGAAUGCUUUGUCAAAUAUUGUUUAGGAGGAAUUCUCCGUAUAACUGUGUGCCAAGAUUUUCUGAGAAGCUGAGAUGAUGACUUGAGAAAACUGGGUGACUUGUGUUUCUCUCAAAACUCAGAAGCUUCGGGUGGAUGAUUGAGAAAUUUGAUUUGUAUACAUGGAUAUUGAGAUUUUAGUUAGGAGAGUUUUGAAGUGAAUAUAUGCUUGUAAACUUUCUGGAAUGUGAAUCUCCUCUAUAUUUCUUUAUCAACAAUCACCAUCCGUUCAUCACCCA